GGUCUGGCCUAGUGAGAGAGAGAGAGGAGAAGAAGAGAACUGAGUUGAUAGGAUUUCUUAUGGAUUUUUUUAACGGAGAAGCUAACGGAACAGCUAACGGAAGGACUUGAUUGAACAUUUUUAAACUUAUAGAACUGAAUUUACUGAAUGCCAAGUUAAAUUUUGGUAAAAUUUAUAAAAUUUAGAGGCACAUCACAUUUAAAAUUGAAAAUGUAACGGUAACUUUCCAAAACAUCCUUUUGUUCUUUCUUCCCCCACGUUUGCUUUAAACACAAGUCCCAAACGGUCCAAAUAAGGAAACAGAAAGCAAAAAAGAUCACAACAGUUUAUGUAGAGAGUAUCUUAUAUAGAAGAUUCAGAACAAGAUCUCUCUUAGAUAUGGCUAUGUCCAAAGUAGAAAAAGAAGAAGAAGAGACAGAGAGGCUUGUUAUGGGCACUACAAAAGUGGUGUACUACUUAGAACCAUUGAUGUCAAAAGAGCUUCUCUGCAAAUUCCCUGACAAGUCAUUGGCUUUCGACUUUGACUACACGCAGAGCUCAAUAUGGUCCCCUUUGGUCCCUCGGGCUUACAGUGCCAUGGACUUGGAUUCUGAUUUUGAAGAUUUGGAUUUCAUGACACCCACAAAUAGAAAGAUCUCAUUUGGUGGUGGUGGUGGUGCUAUGGUGUUGAGCAACAAAACCAAUUUGAAGAAAGUCACUUACAACAUCAAGAAGAAGCUCAACAUCAAUCUUAAUCUCAAUGUUUUGAAGAUGAAGCACAUGCACAAGAACAAAACCAAGGCAUCUGAGUUCUCCCCAACUCCUCUAAAGCCCACUUUUACUUGUUUCCCACACACCACAAGGGCUUGGACUAAGGCGUUGAAAGCUGCCUCUAAACAUUUCAAGAAAAAGAAGAAGACAGAUCCCACGGCCCAUUUCAACAAUUUGAGAGAUGGGAAUAUUUCAAGAUGAUUAUUCAAUUGGAAAUUUCUCUCUGUUUUUCUUUUUGGUCAAUUCAUUCAAAUCUGUGUUGCCCUUGCAGCAAGCAGGUACACCGUACAAUACUAUCAUGUUAUUCAAAAAGUGUAAAACUUUUAUUAAUUCUUGUAAUGCAUGAUAUUUCAAGGCCUUUUCAUUCCUAUUAUGAAAUCAAUUGCUCAAGUUAAUCUUUUUAUGGUGGAGGAUAGGGUGGCAGUUUGGCAUUAAUAUACGUGACAAUGUCACAGAUGCCUUUGGCCGUGUAAAUUAUUGAAGGAGUUUAAUUUUACUGGGUAUAGAAGAAAUCCUUUUCUAUGCUUGAAUGAAAUUAAAUUCAGUUCUUGUAGUUGGAGAGUUGGAGAGGAGAAUAAAAACUAAAUAAAGAGAUUGAAUUAAUAACGGCUAGUUGGGGUUGCGUGGGAUGAAAGUAUUCCUAUGAGUCGGUGAUCACAAAACAGAGAGUGAGAGUCUCUCCGUCUCCGUGUGUGAGUCGGAGAGUGAUGUGUAUAUAUAUAUAUCCCACUUAGGCAAGAAAAAACUAAAAAAUACUUUCUCUUCAAGAUUUCAGUACGCAAAAAUACUCUCUUGAAGAUUUCAGUAGUCAUGGCCAUGGCUAUGCUUUUGGGUUUAGAUGCAAGAACUCGUGUGGCUAUGGGUUUAGAUGCUAACCCUCGUAUGGGUUUGAAGAGGACUCUCUCUUCUGCUUCUGCUUCUGGGUUUCCUUCAAAGCAGCAAGAUGAUGGCGACAAGAAGGAAGCAAUCUCAACGUUGUCUUCUGCUGCCAGUAAUAGUGCCGGCAACGAGAAGGAAGCGAUCUCAACGUUGUCUUCUGCUGCUAGUAAUAUUGCCGAGAAUGGUGAAAAGAAAGAGAGGAUUGUGGUCAAGAUUAAUUUGGCUGCAUGGCGGAAAAGGAAAGCGCAAAAGGAGGAAGAGGAGAAGAGGAAGUCAUUGGAGUUGAAACUUGAAGCGUCAAAAAGAAAGAUACAACUUGGAUACCAACAAGUUCAAAAGGCCAAAAGAAAGAUUCAAUUGGUGGAUUUGAGAGACAUCCCUAAGCCUGAGCCAGAGAUUAAUCUUUCCAAGAAAUCCAAGUUCCAUCACCGUCAUUGAUGAUCUACAUGUUUGAUGAUGAUUCUUUUUGUAUAUGAUUUUUGAAUUCUUUGUACUUAGUUCAUGAAGUAAUGAAAGAUGAUAAUUUUACAAUUUUAAUUUGUUACGUUUGAAUGUAUAUCAUUUAUUAGUAUUGAAUGCAAGUCUAUCCGACUCUGAGUCGGAGUGAACAAAA